CCAACUUUUGCUUGCAAACGUGUUAACUUUAACAUGCAAACAAAGCCUCUCCGGGUCUCGCAAGGCUCGCGACUUCUUCGUCAUCAAGUUCCGGUUCUCCCCAUGCGGGCCAGCGACAAGGGUUGUCCCGAAAUAGGUAGAAGCCUUGUAACCGAGUUGCAUAGUUUGAAUAAGGGGCUGUGUGGUUAUGCCCUAUCUGGAGGUUGCCAGUUGCUUGCGUCGGCUAUGUGACUAAGAGUAUAGCGACUAGCUUUCCAUCCGUCUGGGACUCUGUUUCAUAUAGCUAUAUAUCCGGAACGGUCUUUGUCAGAGCCUAUACGUGGGCCUAUGCGCGGGAGCCGGCCAGUCCGAGUCGGGCUAGUGGCGUUAACGGCAGGCUGACAGGGAGAUAACUUUAUCCUAGCGCUUGCGCCAUCGAAAAUGGCCCAAACUAUCCUUCCACUGCUGCUAGGCGCUCUGCUUGCCAUUUCGUCAGUGUCGGCUUGCAUUUACAAGUACGGGACCUCCCCGGACUCCCUUGCGGCUCCCCAUGGUGGAAGCCACUGGGACCAUGGGAGGAACGGAGAGGACUGGGAUGGCGUGGACGCCGCCGGCAAGCCCUGGAUUUGCAUGAGUGGAAAGCGCCAGAGCCCUAUCAACGUCCCUUUCAGCAAUGUGCUUGACAACACCGGCAGCCACGUUCCCAGCAGCUUGCAAACCAAGUGGUCCUACCCCGUGCUCGUAUCCAACGGCAGCAACAUCCAGGUCAUCAACAACGGCCACACCAUCCAGGUCGAGUGGACGUCCCCGUGGACUGGCAAUGCCAAGAUUGCUGUCCCAGCCAACGCUACCGACAACACCACCGUCACCUCCGUCCUGCACAUGAAGCCCGACGCUCGUGCCACCUACGUUACCGCCACUCCCUACCAGUUCCACUUCCACGCCACCUCUGAGCACCUCCUCGCUGGCCGCUACUUCCCUCUUGAGCUGCACAUUGUUCACAAGGUGACUGGUCUGCCCGGCUGCGCCAAGGGUUGCUACACCGUCACUGGUAUCCUGUUUGAGCUGUCUGACGGCGCCGACAACAGCGUGCUCAACUCCAUCUGGUACAACAUGCCGACCCGGGAGGGGGAGAUCAAGCACUUGCCCAAGGGCGCCCAGAUCGAGCUGGGCCGCCUGAUCCCCAAGACCUCUGAGCGCGACUACGUGACCUACGAGGGCAGCCUGACCACCCCGCCCUGCUCCGAGGGCCUGCUGUGGCACGUGUUCACCCAGCCCCAGAAGAUCAGCCGCGCUCAGUGGAGCCAGUACCGCGCCGCUGUCGGCCUGAAGGACUGCACCCUCAAGAACGCCACCACCACUACCACCGAGACCACCAACACCACCGAGACCACCAACACCACCUCCUCCGAGCACGUCCACCGCCACCACCGCCUGCACCGCCACCUGCUAAGUGAGGAGGCCACCACCAGCCACCCCGAAGACUACACCUGCGAGAUUGUCCAGUACGGCUCCAACUUCCGCGUCUCGCAGCUGACCUACGGCCGCACCAUCAAGGUGGCUCGCGCUAUCUAAGAUGCUGGGAGUUUAUCCUUUGUGACUCGAUUUAAGGACGCCAAGAGCUUUACCUGAUAUAAGCGAAGGCGUGAGCUAUUAUUUGGCGCAAGCUAUUAUGCUAAUAUGAAAGCAGGAGGUUUGCAAGCCUGCUGAGGUUCACAGCGCUGCCGGAAGGCCUUGCUGCUGCUGGAAGUAUCAAGGCGCACAGUUUUGGGGGGUUUGGUUUCGGAUUUUUUCCACAAGUGAUCGGAGUGAUGCAGGGUCCUGCACCUCGUGAAUAGGGUUUUUCCAGGUCUACUAAGGCGGCAUUUGUGAAACAGUAUGCGCCUUCCUCGACGAUGUGGGUUUUGGCAGUGCUUCGAUCUUCUCGGACGUGUGUUCGGACGUGUGUUCGUUAUUGCUCCCUGGCACGGUACGGUACGGCCAAGUGUGGGCAAAUAUACUAUCUUGAUUCGAAACUAUGCCGCUCUAAGUAAUUAUGCCAAUCGUGAUUGAGGCGUGCCAGCCUGAGGAUAGCUCUCGCAUGUCCCAGCCCCUGAUUUAUCACUAUUUGACCCUGUAACCCUGGGCAUGCGAAAAAAAUCUAACCCCGCCUUGCAAUACCUUACA